UUUUUUCAUAAGGUGAUUAUAACAUAAAUGGAGAGAUUAUAGUUGUUUAAUUGUUUAUUUUACUUGAAAAAGUUGAACUUCUGCAUUUCUCCCUGAAUUACAGUUCUGGAAGUACUAUUCUUACUGCUAUAUCCUUGCAAUUAGGAUCAAAAAAGAAGAGAGACUUUUUCUAUUUACAUGUGAAUCUUUGGCAUUCCAUUGCAUUUUGCUGUAUCUAAUAAUCCAAGAAGAUGGUACGCUACUUGCCUUUUUUUCUCCAGAGGAAACUGAAAGUCACCCUUUGUCUUUUUCUCCUUAUGGUUGUCCUGAUACACAUUGUGAUAGAUUUUGUUCCCUCUGCUGAUUUUACGUCCUGUGGGUGUCUAUCUAAAGCAACAGGUACCAAGGACCGUUCAUCACCCACCUCCACAUUAGCAGCUCAGAAUAAGCUGAAUCUGAGGAAUCUUCAGGAUUUUAGCAGCAGUAACAGCUCCCUGGAAAAAGGAUUUCACUCAACAGAAGGUGUGUCACAUGUGGGUGGCCUCAGCAAUGUGGAUCUCCAAGAUGCCAACAUCAAGCAACCGGAAACCAAAGAAAAACCCAGCCAGAAAAUCAAAUCCAAAUUGUCUGCUCUUUUUCAUCAUCCUCUGUAUAAGAUCCCAAUCCCAAAAAUCACAAGGAAAGACAAACUAUUUGGGAUCAAGCCAAAGAUGAAUCUCUUCAUAAAAAGUGAUGAACGAAUCAUAAGCAACAAUGCAUUUCAGAACCAAAAUCCUCACCCUGCUUGGCUCAAUUUUUACUCUGGAAUCAAUCGCUAUGAACUGUAUGCCCGCCAUGAUCCUUCUCGCCAUGACUUGAUGGAGGAUUUGGCCAAACAGAAAAUUAUCAGCUCAGUUCAGAAGCCUGGAGGAACUCAACUGAAGCUUAUCAUGACUUUUCCUAAUCAUGGCCAAGCUCUCUUCAAACCUAUGAAGCAAACCCGAGACCAGGAAACUUCAGAAGACUUCUUUUACUUUUCAGACUUUGAGCGACACAAUGCAGAAAUAUCAGCUUUUCACUUGGACAGGAUUUUGGACUUUAGAAGAAUUCCUCCAGUUUCUGGACGCUUGGUGAACAUAAGUGAGGAAAUUCGUGACAUUACAACAGAUAAGAAACUGUUUAAAACGUUUUUCAUCUCCCCUGCUGGCAACACCUGUUUCUUUGGUGAGUGCUCUUACUAUUGCUCCACUGAACAUGCUUUGUGUGGAAAACCUGACCAGCUUGAGGGAUCCAUGGCAGCCUUGUUGCCUGACAAAACGAUAGCUGAACGCCAGUCUUGGCGGAGUCCCUGGAGGCGUUCCUAUUCCAAGUUCAAGAAAGCUGAGUGGGAGCUGAAUGAAAAUUACUGUGCUCAGGUUCAAAAGACACCACCCUAUAACAACACGGCCCGACUUCUGAGUCUCAUUGACAUGACCAUACUUGAUUUUCUCAUGGGAAAUAUGGACAGGCACCACUAUGAGACAUUUGAAAAGUUUGGUAACCACACUUUUUAUCUUCACCUGGACAAUGGCAGAGGGUUUGGGAGACAUUCUCAUGAUGAAAUGUCUAUUCUAACUCCUCUUCGUCAGUGCUGCAUUAUUAAAAAGUCAACUUUCCUGCGGCUGCAACUGCUUGCUACUGAGCCUUUUCGCUUGAGUGAUGUCAUGCGUGAAUCAUUAGCCUCAGAUCCCCUGUCUCCAGUCUUAUCAGAACCUCAUCUGGAAGCAUUGGAUCGACGACUCAAAAAGAUAUUGGAUAUGGUGGAAAACUGCAAGAAGGCAGAUGGACAUAAAGAAGUAAUAGUCGAUGACUUAAAAGGAAACCAGUAUUUUUAGUUCACAGUAGCUAGAGAAGUCUCUACUGUAGGUAAGACACUAGUGGUCUUACCUACUGUAUACAUAUAAUAACCCCAACCUGCUAUUUCUGUUUACUCAUGAAGAAAUUAUUUCAGAUCUACCAUUGCUAUUUAUUGGGGAGGGGGGCAUCUAUAGUUUCUUGAGUUCCAAUAUGGAACUGUGAACUUUGUCCACUGCCAGAACAGACCAUUUGUUCAUUUAAGUAAGGUCUGGAUGACCUGUUGCCUUAACAGUCAUGCACAGCGAGAGAUCAAUUCUGACUAUGGUGCCAACUUCCAGUCAAUUCCUCCAGGCUGCCUCUUGAGAGAGAAAAGAGUAUCAGGAGUAAAAAGGGAUUGGAGGCUGGGGAGAGUUCAUAGUGUCUCUUGGGUCACCAGUUCCCUGAAGUUGCCCAGGAGGUUCCCUCAGCUGCUCUUGAUAGGAAAAAAGUUAUCUACUUCUGACAACUUCUAACCUGUGGUUCUCCAGAUAUUCUUGUACAACAUCUGCUAGCAACAUCCAGAAGCAACGGCCAAUGAAAUAGCCAAUGAAGGUUGCUGUUCAAAAGCAUCUUGACAGACACAGGUUGCCUACCCGUCCUUGGAUAGGUGGAUUCAAAGGAAAACAUACACACAUAGUUACAUGAAUGAUUUAAUAUGGCUGCCCACGAACUGGUUUUUAUGGCCUUUUGGAUGGAAAUUUUGUUUAAAGCAAUUGAAGAAAUACUAUUGUAGCUACUGGUCAAUAACUGUAUGACAAAUUUAUUGGGAA